AUGUUGAAUGUUCUAAUUUCUCCUAUAAUAACGCGCAAUACAUCCCUGUAUUGCGCGCGAUUUUAUUCACAGGCGGCUGAUAAAGCACUUUUGUAUAAACUGCGCAAAGCAACUGGUUAUACAUUUUCAGCUUGUAAAGAAGCACUCGUUAAACAUGAAAAUGAUAUUGAGAAAGCAAAAGAUUGGUUAGCAAAAGAGGCUGUUACUCGAGGUUGGGACAAGGCUGGUAAACUAGCAGGACGUUCAAUGAGUGAGGGUCUUUUGGGUGUACUAGGGAGUCGUACCCGGGCUGUUAUUGUUGAAGUCAAUUGUGAAACUGAUUUUGUUGCGAGGAAUAACUCUUUUCAGUCGCUAGUAGCUGUUACUGCCGAGACUGUUAUGCAGAAUUACACAGAAUCAACUCAAAUUUCUUUGGAUUCUGACCAGCUGAAUAAGUUAACCACGCCAAACUCUUCGACUCUACAAAACAUUGUGGCUGCAGCCAUAGGUUCUAUUGGUGAAAGUAUUAAGAUAAGAAGAGCGAUAGGAAUUUGUGUCCCUGAAGGCUCGAGUUCAAGUCGUUUAGCCAUUUAUUCUCACACAAGCACAGAAGGUAUAUUGCAAGGAAUACGAGACGUUCGUUUCGGAAAAUACGCUGCGGUUAUCCGGUAUAGACCAGUGAAUGAUAAACUUCUUGUUGACGAUAUAAAAUGCCUAAAAAUGGCUUAAACCAGUCUGAACAAAUUUAAACCAUCGGGCCAAGGCAGAAUAUUUAGUGAAAUACGACUGGACAACCUUCAAGUCUGAAUUUAUACACUCAGUAUAAUUGGCUAUCCAUUAGCUCAACUUUCUGAGGACAGAGGACUUCAAGUUAGAGCUUUGAGGCUUCAGUAGCAGUGGUGCUUAUUUUUACGGGGUAAAGUUGCGAGCCUCAUGCCCAUCCAACCUUUCCUCUUUACCAGUCUUAUUACUAGCCUAAUGAGGUAAAGGAGUGCACCGGUCGAGGAUCGAAUCCCAAACCACCUGGGUGGUUGGUGAGCAUUCUACAAGCUGUACCACAGACGCUUGCCAUUCUGUACACCUUAUGAAUUAUUCUAUAUAUGACAGCUAUUAUUUUUCUACUUGAUCUUUAAAUAUGACUAUAAUUACAGAUAUUUUAUUUGCAUUUCAUACUAAUAUUAUUAUUUCA